AUGGCUCCCUCAAGCAAGCGCAAGCCCGUCGACGAUGACUUUGUUCACACAAUUUCCGAUAAUGACGAAGAAAUCGUCGAGGAGGAGGCCCCCGUCGCAGCUCCUCCCAAGAAGAAGGCGAAGACGUCCAAGAAGUCGAAAAAGGCUGCUUUGAAGGAGGAUUCGCCCGAAGAAGAAGUCAAUGAGGGCAUCUGGGGCGCAAAAGACGAAGACGAUGGUGCUAUGGACUCGGACUUUGAAUUUGCGCAGGAUGGCGCCAUCGAAUUCGGCGAUGCGGAACUCGAAGGCUGGGGCUUCGAAGGAGCCAAGAAGUCCAUGAGCAGCAACACGACACUCGGCGUUGAUCUCGACGAGAUCAUUCGCAGGAGGCGCACGAAGAAGGAUGGUAGGGACAAGCCGGAGGAAGUACAAGAGGAGGCUGUCGACGACGAGGUGGACAACGAUAUGGAUGUGGACAUCGACCUGGACGACGACGACGAUGAGGUCCUGGCCGACGAUGCGUUUGGCAUGGGCAUGGACCCCGACGCCAAGCAAUCUGGCGACGAAGAAGGGGCCUCUGAUGCAGAAGCCGAGGACGACGACGCGGCAUCCGACAACGACUCGGUUGCGACGCCCGUCAACCACCCCGAGGAUGAUCACGACUCGGACGACGAAGAAGAGGAUGCGGAGGAGCAGGCGAAGCGCGACGCUUUCUUUGCCCCCGAAGAGCCGGCGAAGCCCGGCAAGAAGGAUACCUCAUCGUCCUUCCAGGCCAUGUCCCUGUCGCGUCCUCUGCUGCGAGGUCUCGCGGCUGUUGGCUUUUCCAAGCCCACGCCCAUCCAGGCCAAGACCAUACCUAUUGCACUGAUGGGCAAGGAUGUGGUCGGUGGCGCCGUCACUGGUUCCGGAAAGACUGGCGCCUUCGUCGUCCCCAUUCUCGAACGUCUUCUCUACAGGCCCAAAAAGGUGCCGACCAGCCGUGUCGUCAUCCUGACCCCGACGCGUGAAUUGGCCAUCCAGUGUCACGCUGUCGCCACUAAGCUGGCUGCGUAUACCGACAUCAAAUUCACCCUGGCUGUGGGUGGCCUAAGCCUUAAGGCCCAGGAGGUGGAGCUGAGGCUUCGUCCCGAUGUCAUCAUCGCCACACCCGGUCGUUUCAUUGACCACAUGAGGAACUCUGCCAGCUUCAACGUUGAUACCGUGGAGAUUCUCGUUCUCGAUGAGGCCGAUCGCAUGCUCGAGGACGGUUUCGCCGACGAGCUGAACGAGAUUCUAACCACCCUGCCCAAGUCACGACAGACCAUGCUCUUCUCCGCCACAAUGACAUCGUCCGUCGACAAGCUGGUGCGCUUGGGCAUGAACAAGCCGGCCAGAGUCAUGGUCGACUCGCAGAAGAACAAGACUGUCGGUACCUUAGUGCAGGAGUUUGUCCGCCUGCGCCCGGGACGCGAGGAGAAGCGCAUGGGUUACCUGGUCCAUAUUUGCAAGACGAUGCACACCGAGCGUGUCAUCGUUUUUUUCCGCCAAAAGAAGGAGGCUCACCGUGCAAGAAUCAUCUUUGGCUUGCUUGGCAUGUCUUGCGCCGAGCUUCACGGUAGCAUGAACCAAGCUCAGAGAAUCGCAAGUGUCGAAAACUUCCGUGACGGCAAGGUUAACUACCUGCUGGCGACCGACCUGGCCUCCCGUGGUCUCGAUAUCAAGGGCGUCGACACAGUCAUCAACUACGAGGCGCCGCAGAACAUUGAGAUUUACGUGCACAGAGUCGGUCGUACGGCGCGUGCCGGCAGAACCGGUAUCGCCAUCACGCUUGCCGCCGAACCGGAUCGCAAGGUCGUCAAGGCGGCGGUCAAGGCGGGUAAGGCACAGGGGGCCAAGAUCAUGAGCCGCAUCAUCGAGCCGGCGGAAGCAGACAAGUGGCAGGCGCAGGUAGACGAGAUGGAGGACGAGAUUGAGGAGAUCAUGGUCGAGGAGAAGCAAGAGAAGCAGUUCGCGCAGGCGGAGAUGCAGGUGAGGAAAGGAGAGAACAUUCUGCAGCACGAGGCGGAGAUCAAGGCGCGACCCAAGAGGACGUGGUUUGAGACGGAGCAGGACAAGAAGAAGGCCAAGGAGGCUGGGCGCGAGGAGCUCAACGGGCCCAAGGGCAAGAAGCAGAAGCUCAGCAACAAGGACAAGAAGAAGCUCGACGCCAAGGCCAUGCGCAGCGAGGACAAGGUGUGGAAGAAGGGCAGAGCAGAGCGGGCCGGGCAGGGCGCGGUGCUCAACCUCAAGAAGCAGCCCAAGAAGAAGAACGUCCCGGCCAAAGGCAGGACCAGGGCGAGGCUGGCUCGCACGAAGCGGUGA